CAUGAUUUAUGUAUAAGUAACUACAUAACUUUUAAUUAUAAUAAACCACGCGAUUAAGUACAAUUAUUGUUAAUACGACGGCGAUAUAAGAGUGAUAAUGACAGAGUUCUGAAUUAGUGAAAUUAUUUAGUUGUCUGCGAAUACGGGAGAAUAACUGUUCUGAGAUUGUAUACUUACUACCGCGACGACGUAUAACCGAAUAGACAUAUAUACCUAUACAUUGCCUCAAAUUGAUGCAAUAAUAUUAAGCGCAACUAUACCUAUUCGAUAAUAUACCGCUCGUUAUUAUGCAAUUAUUGUCGAAUAUAACGUGGGCACUAAUGGCUGCCGCUGUCUUGGCCGCCCUGCAGAUUUCAGACGUCGUCGGCAAAUUCCGGAUCAGACAUCGCCGCGAUUGGUUGGAUGAUCACGUUUGGCCCGCGGAUUUGUGGACCACCAGUACCACUACCGAGAGGGCAAUCGCCAAUACUACCGCUAACGCCAAUACUACCGCCAACGCCAAUACUACCGCCAACGCCAAUACUACCGUCAACACCAAUACUACUGCCAACGCCAAUACUACUGCCAACGCCAAUACUACCACCAACGAAUGGCCGAAGAAUUGGACAAAAUGUAAUUGCGGUAAUAGCACUUGUAAGGGCUGGAUACGUAACAAGAGUGUGGAUAUACCUGACAAAACGUCUAAGGAACAGAGAAACACGACCUAGAUCACGAUCAAACCCAAGACAAGUCAGACAAAGAGCUCGGCCAUGUUGAUUGGAGUCGACCAUUAUUCUUACACGUCUAUAAUUAACCUAUAAUAUAAUAUAAUAUUUACUAAUAUUAUUGUAUUACUUUAUAACCACAAUGAUGUCAUGUGCUACUUGUUUAAUACUAUAUUUUCUUAAUUCAACUAAAACUAUGUGAUUUUAAAUAUAAGUAAGUACAUACUUGUAAUUAUCUAAAGGGCUAAGCAAAAUAUCUCACAAAGAUGCUAAAACGAAAAAGGUUUUAAAAAAUAUCUAUUAUAAUCUAAUAUAAUCUUUAGAAGCUUUAAUUGCUUCUUCCCUAAGAGUUGAAGUCAAAUAAUUAAACCUCCAAGUUGAUUGGUGCUUCUUAAAUAUCUAGAUACCUACUAAAGUAAGUACCUAUUUAGUAAAAAUGUCAAAGCUACAAUAAUUUUUCAUCAAAUUACAACGAAAAAAUGACGUCCUAAGACAAUGGAUAUGGGUACAGCUACUGUUAUAGGUAAUUUAAUGUAUAUCUGUAAGCAAUGAUAAACCAUUGUUCACGAAAAAACAAUUCUGAGCACAGUUUAAUUGAUAAUGAUGCUUUGUCAACAAUAUCUAUGUCAAAUUAUGGUAAAAUAAUUAGUUAUUAUACAUUUUCCUUAAUAAUAUUUGUUUAAUAUUGUACCGAUAUUCCCAAUUUUCCCAUUUUCUCCCAAUUUUUCUUAUUUGCUGGAAAAACUUUUGGUAAAAUGACCUCCCUAAAAUAUCUUCCCAGUUAAAUUUAAUUUCAAAAAAAGUGCUAUCAUUGUAAAUCAGAGCAGAUCUGCUGGUAGAAAAAUUCACAGGAAAAAAAGAAGGCUGAAAUAUUUUUUUACUAAU